GGUUUACAUUUCCUUCUCCCUCUCCCGUCUUCAUUGUCCCCACAGAGCUCUUCAACCAGUCAAUCCGAAAUGAUCACCGCGGUACUUCGGAGAUCUUCUUUCUCGUCGCGGCGGACUCUCUCCGCCGCCUUGACCUCCGUCGACGCGAUUCUCUACCACCACCUCGCUCCCGCCGCCGCCGCGACAACCUCGUCGGAGCUUGGUCUGUUCGGCAAUGGACCUAAUGGCUCAGGUGGGGUCAAGUCUCCAUUCAGUCUCUCGUCGAAGACAAACCCGUUCGGUAUUCGCGGGAGGGACUUGCACGUGAAAUCUGGGCCGUCGGACUUCAGGGCGUCGACGGUUGUUUCUGGGGCUCAGGGUUUCGCUGCUGCGUAUGAGAGUGCCGACCACGGGAUCGGUGAUUUUGAUAGUGUUGGGAACAGUGACGAAGGGCUUGAGAUAUCUAAUCUCGAGAUUUCGCCGGAGAUUAUAAAGGCUCUGAGUGGGAGAGGCAUCACCAAGCUCUUUCCUAUUCAAAAAGCUGUUCUGGAGCCGGCGAUGCAAGGCCGUGACAUGAUCGGUCGUGCCAGGACAGGAACUGGGAAGACACUUGCUUUCGGGAUACCCAUUUUGGAUAAGAUCAUCAAAUUCAACUCUAAGCAUGGACGUAGGAGGAAUCCUCUUUGCUUGGUUCUGGCUCCAACAAGGGAGCUUGCUCGCCAGGUUGAGAAGGAAUUCCACGAGUCUGCCCCAACCUUGGCUACAAUAUGCCUAUACGGAGGCACACCAAUUAGCAGUCAAAUGAGGGAGCUUGACUAUGGUGUUGAUGUGGCGGUUGGAACUCCAGGUCGUAUUAUCGAUCUGAUGAAGAGAGGAGCUCUAAAUCUCUCUGAGGUUCAGUUUAUGGUUCUUGAUGAAGCCGAUCAGAUGCUUCAAGUUGGUUUUGCCGAGGAUGUGGAGACGAUAUUGGAGAAGUUGCCGUUAAACCGUCAGAGCAUGAUGUUCUCUGCGACGAUGCCGAGUUGGAUCAGAGGCCUCACCCAGAAGUACCUUAAAGAUCCUUUGACCAUUGAUCUUGUUGGAGAUUCUGACCAGAAGCUAGCAGAUGGAAUUACGUUGUAUUCUAUCGUAACAGAUAUGUAUGGGAAAGCAUCUAUAAUCGGUCCUCUUGUAACGGAGCACGGGAAAGGAGGAAAAUGCAUCAUUUUCACCCAAACGAAACGGGAUGCAGAUCGGCUAGCAUAUGCAAUGGGAAGAAACUUCAAGUGUGAAGCUUUACAUGGUGAUAUAUCACAGAGUCAGAGGGAAAGAACACUUGCUGGUUUCAGAAAUGGGCAUUUCAAUAUUCUCGUGGCCACUGAUGUUGCUGCUCGUGGACUCGAUGUACCUAAUGUUGACCUGGUAAUCCAUUACGAGCUUCCUAAUACAACGGAGACAUUUGUUCACCGUACUGGGCGUACUGGUCGUGCUGGAAAGAAAGGAAGUGCUAUUCUCAUAUACACUCAAGAACAAGCGAGGACUGUAAAAAUGAUCGAGACAGAAGUUGGAAGCCGGUUUAACGAGCUCCCUAGGAUGGCUACUGAGCGUGGAGGCUCAGACAUGUUCGAUGACUUUGGUUCCCGACCAAGUUUCUUUGGAGGCAUGAGGGACCGUCGAGGUUCCGGCUUUGGUGACCGUUCCGGUGGCUUUGGUCGUUCAGGUGGAUACAGUUCAAACCACUCUGAAGGCUUUGGCGGUUCCAGUUUCGGACGCAACAGCAGAUUCGGUGGUCUAGGAAGUUCAGACCGCUCCUCGGGUUUUGGCAGCUUUGGUUCAAACAGUUCCUCUGGCUUCGGGAAUUUUGGGUCUGGCAGUUCAGACCGCUCCUCAGGUUUCGGUAGCUCAAUCGGUUCCUCUGGCUUUGGAAACUUCGGUUCCGGCAGUUCAGACCGCGUCUCGGGUUUCAAUAGCUCAAACGGUUCCUCUGGCUUUGGGAACUUCGGUUCCGACAGUUCAGAUCGCUCCUCGGGUUUCGGUAGCUCAAACGGUUCCCCUGGCUUUGGGAACUUCGGUUCCAGCAGUUCAGAUCGCUCCUCUGGUUUUGGUAGCUUAAACGGUUCCUCUGGCUUUGGGAAUUUCGGUUCCAGCACUUCAGACCUCUCCUCAGGUUUCGGUAGCUCAUACAGUUCCUCUGGCUUUGGGAACUUUGGUUCCGGCAGUUCAGACCACUCCUCGGGUUUCGGUAGCUCAUACGGUUCCUCUGGCUUUGGGAACUUCGGUUCCGGCAAUUCAGAACGCUCCUCGGGUUUCAGUAGCUCAAACGGUUCCUCUGGCGUUGGGAACUUCGGUCCCGGCAGUUCAGACCGCUCCCCAGGUUUCGGUAGCUCAUACGGUUCUUCUGGCAUUGGGAACUUUGGUCCCGGCAGUUCAGACCUCUCCUCAGGUUUCGGUAGUCUAAACGGUUCCCCUGGCUUUGGGAACUUCGGUUCCGGCAGUUCAGACCUCUCCUCAGGUUUCGGUAGUCCAAACGGUUCCCCUAGCGUUGGGAACUUCGGUUCCGGCAGUUCAGACCUCUCCUCAGGUUUCGGUAGCUCAAACGGUUCCUCUGGCGUUGGGAACCGAACAGACCUCUCCUUAGGUUUCGGUAGUCCAAACGGUUCCCCUGGCUUUGGGAACUUCGGUUCCGGCAGUUCAGACCUCUCCUCAGGUUUGGGUAGUCCAAACGGUUCCCCUGGCUUUGGGAACUUCGGUUCCGGCAGUUCAGACCUCUCCUCAGAUUUCGGUAGUCCAUACGGUUCCUCUGGCUUUGGGAACUUCGGUUCCGGCAAUUUAGACUACUCCUCAGGUUUCGGUAGCUCAAGCGGUUCCUCUGGCUUCGAGAGCUUCGGUUCGGGCAGUUCAGACCGCUCGUCUAAUUUCGGGAGCUUCGGCUCAGGCAACUCUUCGGGCUCUAGUGGCCUCGGGGACUUCAGUUCGUCUCGGCCGAGUGGAGAGAGCAUGUUCGGGGAGCUUGACUUCAACGACGGUCAAAGCACCGGAAGAAGAUCGUACUGAAGGAAAGAUCAAGGAGACUACCGGGUCUGGUUUUGACCCGACCCGGUAAUAAUACGGACCCAUCUCUGAUUGGUCGAAGCAUAUGAUUAGGUUGUGUAUCUGAUAGAGAGCAAAACUGUCCUGGUUUGUUAUGUAGGAUCCAAGAAGUCGGGCUUUUAUUAUAUAUAUAUACAUGUAUAAGCCUCAUAGCUCGCAUUAUAUUAUAUUUUUUUUCUAUUUAUUGUGGGUAAUCUUGCAUUUU